GUACGUCACUGGUUACGUCCAUAUGGCCUGUAUAAAUACACAAGAAACAGAGGUGAAAGCAACCAGCGACCAUGAGAGGGGGGGUUGCAGAAGAUUCAAGGCUGGAAGUGCCAGUAUACGAGCUAAAUCAAUCCAGAAGUCCAAACCCUCUUCUUGUAAUUUCCACUGAAUCCGGCUCCAACUUCACCAAGGAAGCCACCGUGAAUGGCUUACAUGAUUCAAGGAACCCUGUGGGGUCGGAGCUCAGUGCACUUGAAGCUUGGCUUCCUAUUACAGAAUCUAGAAAUGGGAGUGUACAUUCUGGAGUCCUUCAUGUUUUGUGCUCAGGAAUAGGAUUCCAGGCCCUUUUGCUUCCUGUAGCAUUGGCAACUCUUGGAUGGGCAUGGGGGACUGUAUGCUUGUUAGCGGCAUAUGCAUGGCAGCUCUAUACCAUAUGGCUUCUAGUUCACCUUCACGAGCCAGCCCCUGGAACCCGUCAUAGCCGCUACCUCCGCCUUUCAAUCGCUGCCUUUGGUCUAAAGCUAGGGAAAUUGCUCGCAAUUUUCCCUGUAAUGUACCUAUCUGGAGGUUCCUGUGUUAUGCUGAUCAUUACAGGAGGGGGCGUAUUGAAUCAAAUUAUCAAGAUCAUGAGUGGAGAUGAGGCUAAGUCGUUGACCGGAACAGAGUGUUUCUUGGUGUUCACUUGCAUAGCCAUGGUUAUAGCUCAAAUAUUUCCCAAUUUGAAUUCACUAGCUAGUGUCUCCCUUACUGGAGCCAUUUCUGCAAUUGGAUAUUGUACUCUAAUAUGGGUUCUCUCCCUCAGUAAAGGAAGGCCUGAGGGCAUCUCUCAUGACACAUCUAGUGUGGAAAAAUCUGGUAUGAGGGGAUUUGUGAACAUCAUGAAUGCUAUUGGAAUUAUUGUACUUGUAUUCAGAGGUCAUAAUCUUGUGCUUGAAAUUGAGGGAACAUUACCUUCUACUCCAAGGCACCCGGCAUUUGAACUAAUGUGGAGAGGAGUAACGAUUUCCUACAUUAUAAUAGCAAUGUGUUUAUUUCCACUUGCAAUAGCUGGAUUUUGGGCUUAUGGAAAUGGGGUACCUACAACUUUAGGGACCUUAAAUGCAUUUUUGCAGCGUCAAGAAGAGGAUACAUCAAAAUAUGUGAUAGGCUUAAUCUGCCUAUUGCUGGUUAUAAGUUGCUUGUGCUCAUACCAAAUUUAUGCCAUGCCAGUUUUUGACAACCUAGAGUUAAUCUACAUUAGCAAGAAGAACAAGCCAUGCUCAAGGUUGAUUCGCGCUGGUUUGCACCUUUUCUUCGGAGGACUGACAUUCUUUAUAGCAGUGACUUUUCCCUUUUUGGGAAGCUUAGCUGUUCUAAUUGGAGGAAUCACAUCACCACUGACGUAUGCCUAUCCAUGUUUCAUGUGGAAUUCAAUCAAGAGGCCUCAAAAGAAUGGUGCCAUUUGGUGUGUUAACAUAGGACUAGGAUGGUUAGGAAUUGUUUUGAGCAUGUUGUUAGUAGUUGCAGCUUCAUGGAACUUAGCUGACAAAGGCUUGAUUGCCAACUUUUUCAAGCCUUAAUCACAUAUGCAGAAGAAAAUAUCACAGAUUGUGUUUGAAAUCAAAGGGGUCACUUUUU